GUGUGGGGAAAACAGGGAGCGAUUUGCAGUGAUGUGAAAAGACGUAACGGUUGGAUUUGAUUGUGAUUGGGAAUUGGUUGUUUUGGUCAACACCUAGAAUUGCGUUUGUUCUUUCUGGUUUGUACUGAGCGGGUCUCUCCUGAAUUCAAGACCAUUGUUGAUUAUCAGUUGGGUGCUCAACCUCUAGCAGAAAGAGAUACCCGACGGCCCAAGCUCUGACUUUGCUCCCUUGGAGUCGACGAUUAUACUCGACGAUUAUAUAAAAAUUUUAUAGUCGCCAAAUAUGUUGGCACUUCCUUCUCGGCCCAAUGAGGGCGGCGAUCUCACUAUGGCCGUCCUUGGAUGUGGCAAUAUGGGUAUCGCGAUUCUUUCUGGAAUUCUUGCCUCCGUGGAAUCACUUUCCGGCCCAAAACCCUUGCAGACAGACCCUGCUCAUCCACCGGAGGAGGUUCCAGCUAGUUUACCUACCCGGUUCAUUGCGUGUGUGAGAAGCACAGAGAGCGCGAAGCGGGUCAAGAAGGCGCUAUGGCAGCAUACUUCUUAUGUCAAGGUUGUCACCAAGGAUAACUUGGCCGCUGUAAAAAGGUCCGAGAUCAUCCUCCUAGCCUGCAAGCCGCAUGCUAUCAAGCCCAUAUUGUCGGAGCCGGGCAUGGCCAAGGCGUUGGAGGGUAAGCUGCUGAUCAGCAUCUGCGCCGGCAUUACCGUCUCACACAUCGAGUCGAUCUUGCACGGCUCCGAGCCAGAGCUGUUCACCAACCACGACGACGCCGAGAAAGGCGACGAGCGGGCCCGCUGCCAGAUCAUCCGCGCCCUCGCCAACACCGCCAGUAUCAUCGGCGAAGGUAUGACCGUCAUUGCCGACAGCAACGCGCCGCCGCCACCCGAGAUCGCCAAGCUCGUCACCUGGAUCUUCCGCCGCAUCGGUGCUGUCGUCUACCUGCCGUCCCACAGCAUGGAUGCCAGCACGGCGCUUGUCGGAUCCGCACCCGGGUUCUUCUCACUUGUGCUCGAGGCGGCCAUCGACGGCGCCGUUGCUAUGGGAUUGCCCCGUGCUGAAGCCACCCGCAUGGCUGCACAGAGUAUGCGCGGUACGGCAAGUAUGGUAUUGGAGGGUGAGCACCCGGCUACUCUACGGGACAGAGUUGCUACCCCCGGAGGAUGUACUAUCGGUGGCCUGAUGAUCUUGGAGGAAGGAGGUGUUCGAGGUACAAUCAGUCGGGCUGUGAGAGAGUCGGCUACUAUUGCUAGUGCACUGGGACGCGGCGAAAGGGGUGUCAAUGCGACCAGAGGUCGUGGCGAUACUAAAGUAAACGGCUGGGAAUGAAAUCGAGUAGGUCAAUAGAAACAAAUAUGCAGUAAUUCGAAUUGAACACGAAACCUUUCUCC